CAACAAUGGUGCGCGAUGCAUACAUGUCAAUUGAAACAUAACUGCAAGAACUGAGAAGGUGCUUACGGUCGUUUGUGGCGAUAUUUUAACACAAUGGAUGUCGUCUGAGGCCGCGGCGAGUGUUUGGAGACAAUAUACUGCCAUGUAGAAACGCAUGGCGAGCCAUACGGCGGAACAGACAUAGGUGAACACGUACGUCAAGAUACACGAGCCUGUAUCCUGCAAUCUGCUUCGCGAGAAGAUAAUCUUCGACAGUGAUUAAGCAAUUAAGCUGUUUCAACAUGGGGUUCUUUCACCAACUAAAGCUAUUAUUAUGGAAGAAUUUCACUCUGAAGAUUCGGAGGCCGUUUGUGCUGCUGUUCGAGUUGUUCAUUCCUUUGGUGCUGUUUGUCAUCCUGCUUAUGAUCCGAAAGAAACUUCCAGCCAAUCCACAAGGCACAUCUCACUUCCGCACCAUGCCUCUCCCGUCCUCCGGCCUGGUCUCCAUCAUGCAGAUGUUCUGUGAGAAUGGACACACGGAUGAACACGGCUUCUUGGACUUCCCCAGCUCGAGCUCCACCACGUCCGUCCUUAAACGGCUACAGGUGUUGGCAGAGAAUCGCAAUUUCUUCGACCCAGGUUUCACUCCUGAAGAAAUGAACCAGAUACCAGACCUGUACAAGAGCAUCAUAGAUGACCCAGCAUUUCUACAUGACCAGUUUAAAAAUGCCUCUGAUUUUGAGAUCUCCCAGGUGCUCCCCAGCGUCAAGGGUCUGGUAUCAUUCCUCCACAAUAACCUCUCUCUGCCCAAAGAGGAUAUCGACACACUGCUAAACUCAACCGUUCACGUCCAGGGAGUGUACAAGUACCUGUUCGGAGAUGACAUGGUGUACAUGCAGGACACCUUGAACCGCCAGAAACGGAGCGCCGACGCAGGACCAAUGCAAGACAUUCUCCAGUCACUGUCUGGAGAAACGGGUGGCUUGAGACUUCCCUGGAAAGACACUGGACAGGGAAUACUGAAGAAGGGAGUUGAAGGCAUUGUUGAAGACAUCCUGGAGAGGUCUGCCAGUGGCAAUAUUGAUAAUCUGGAGACGCAGAUAUUUGAGAAGAUAAUGAGUAACCCUAAGCUCCUGGAGGGUCAGAACAUGGCAGUGGUGAUCGAGGCGUUGAUCAGUAUUGUCGAACGUCUCAACACGUCCUUCAUCGUUAGCCCUGAUCAGAUGGCCCAGCUGCUGAAGAUGGAGGUCUUCUCACCCUCGUCCUUGAGAAAACUGUCAUGUGACCCUACACUGCUUGUAAACCUCUUCAUUCCUGAGACCCACAACGAGUCACUGAUUCACCUCCAGAAGGACCUGUGCAACAUGACGUCUGCUCAGUUCCAGGACUUGUCAGCCUACCUGCGCAGUUCCGUCACAGACCAGGAUAUUGUCAACAUGUUGAACCUGAAGCCAGUGAACCUGACUUCCACAGCGUACAAGAUUUCCAACUUCAUCACCAAAGUGAACAAGUUCGUCCAGUUCCACACAGAGCUGGAGAUGCUGGCUAAGCUGGUGGAAAUGAUCCCACAGGAUGCCUUCGACAUUGACAACACAACUGACGCCCACCAAGGCGGGAACGAAACAACACCAGCUGCAGGCAACACCACUGAUACAACGCCAACCAAGAUCCCCACAGUGAAACCAAAGGCCCAGCAUCCCCAAGGCCUCCUCAAGCUGUGGUCCUUCAUGCAGCAGACUGUGUGCGGCACUCCGCCCCCAACAAUCCCCACAGACAAGGACGGCAACCCUGAACACCGCUCUGGUCUCGACGCCCUCAGCCUGUCAUCCCGGCAACACAGGAUGCUGGGAAUCCUACUGCAUGUCCUGUACAGCAACCCCAAGGUCCUCUAUGCCCCGGCCAACACCUCUGCUGACGACGUCAUGAUUCAGGCAAAUGCUUCGUUUGCAUUCAUUGACUUGAUCAGUGACUACGCGCGGACUUGGCUGAACGUGUCUGUGGAGCUGAAGGAAUACCUGGAGGAGCCUCAGACAGCCCACAACUUGGACUCCAUCAGAGAGAUGCAGCAUGAGCUGAAAGAACACCGUGGCAUGCUGGGAUGGAUGUUCCAGAUCCCGCAGUUGUCUCCCUUCCUUAACGAGACGGUGCCCACCAGCAAGGAGUACCUGCACUCUAUCCAGGUCAUCAGCAAGGCUGCUCACAGCUGGCUCACUCUGAUGGAUGGCAUCAGUCUCAACGUGUUCCAGGGAUUCGACAACGAGACAGCCAUGGUCCAGUACUUCCUUAAUGAAGCUUACCAUGAUAAUGUCAGUGUGUUGGCAGGUGUUGUAUUCGAGAACAUAGGAGCAGACGGCUCCCUUCCUCCGCACAUCCGCUACAAGAUCCGCCAGAACGCGACCUUCACCCCAACCACGAAGUUUGUCCGCAAGCAGACGUGGUACCCAGGCCCUGGCCCAAGCAGUCACCCAUACUACGAGUUCGGCUUCGUCUGGAUCCAGGACAUUGUGGAGAGAGCCAUCAUCGAUGUCCAGGUUGAGCGUGAUGUGGUAGAGCCAGGGACCUACGCUCAACAGUUCCCCUACCCCUGCUUCAUGUAUGACCAGUUUGUCUUCAUGAUUGAGCAUGUGAUGCCCCUGUGCCUGACUAUAUCCUGGGUGUAUUCCGUGGCCAUGUUGGUGCAGAGCAUUGUGUAUGAGAAGGAGCAGCGGCUGAAAGAGGUGAUGAAGAUGAUGGGUAUGAACAAUGCUGUCCAUUGGUGUGCAUGGUUCUUGACGACGUUCCUGCAGAUGAGCAUCACAGUGGGGGUCCUCACCGCCAUGUUUAAGUAUGGGCGUGUUCUCGCCCACAGUGAUCCCCUCGUGGUGUUUAUGCUGCUGGAGGUCUAUGUCAUAGCCACUAUAUCGUUAUGUUUCCUGAUCAGUGUGUUGUACUCCAAGGCUAAGGUGGCCGCUGCAUGUGCCGGCAUCAUCUACUUCCUGUCUUACGUCCCCUACAUGUACGUGGCCAUCAAGGAGGACAUUGCCGGCGACCGCAUCCCGGGCUAUGUCAAGUCCCUUGUGUCCCUCUCCUCUACCACAGCGUUCGGCCUGGGGGCCAAGUACUUCGCGUACUAUGAGGAGAUGGGGGUAGGGGUACAGUGGGACAACAUCUACAGGUCCCCAGUGGAGGAUGAUGAGUACACCCUCUUCAUGGUCAUCCUCAUGAUCAUCCUCGACUCCUUCCUGUACGGACUCCUCGUCUGGUACAUCGAGCAUGUCUUCCCAGGAUCGUAUGGUCUCUCCAAGCCGUGGUACUUCCCCUUCACCAAGUCCUACUGGUGCGGCAGCCACGUCAAACACACCGACGACUGCACCAGUGUCCUAGACCUGUGUCGUCGUGGCAACGGUAGCCAUGUGUCUGUCACGGAGGAGGACCAGGCGUGCGCUAUGGCACAGCAGAGUGCUGACCAAAGUAUCAUGUUUGAGCAGGACCCCAUCCACUUACCUGAAGGAGUGUGUAUAGACAAUCUCACCAAGGUAUACAAGCUUGGCAAGAAGACUGCAAUCAAGAACUUGUCCUUGAAUUUCUAUGAAGGUCAGAUAACAUCUUUCCUUGGACACAACGGUGCAGGGAAGACCACCACGAUGUCCAUCCUGACCGGCCUCAUUCCCCCAACAUCGGGAUACGCAACAAUAUAUGGCCUUGACAUUCGCAGCGACAUGGACGUCAUCAGACAGAGUCUGGGCAUGUGUCCUCAACACAAUGUGUUGUUUGACAAACUGACGGUGGAGGAGCACCUGUGGUUCUAUGCUCAACUGAAGGGCAUGAAGUCUCCGGAUAUCAAGAUAGAACUGGACAGAAUGAUUAAGGACCUUGACCUGCCCAACAAGCGCCACACAGUGGUAGAUUCCUUGUCAGGAGGAAUGCAGAGGAAGUUGUCUGUCGCCAUUGCCUUCGUGGGAGGGUCAAGGACAGUGAUACUGGACGAACCCACUGCAGGGAUUGACCCCUACGCCAGAAGGGCCAUCUGGGAACUCCUGAUGCAGUAUAAAGAAGGUCGCACCAUCAUCCUGUCCACACACCACAUGGAUGAGGCAGACAUCCUUGGUGACAGGGUGGCCAUCAUCAACAAUGGCCAGCUCAAGUGCUGUGGGUCAUCCAUCUUCCUGAAGAACAGCAUAGGGGAGGGCUACCAUCUGACCGUCGUCAAGGAGGAACCAACUGAGGACAACCAAGAUGCAGACACAUCAUGUGAUGAACUAGAAGUCGAAAAUACUCAUCACCAGCCACCCAAGCUUGUCUCCCCUUGUAAGGAGGCGAAGGUCACAGAAUUCAUCCAGAAAUAUGUGCCAACGGUGUACUUGGUGUCCGAGUCCAAGCGGGAACUACACUACAUUCUGCCAUUUGAGGAAGCCAAGAAGAAGAGCUUUGAAAAGCUGUUUCAGGCCAUGGAUUCCGACAUGGACAAUGUCCACAUCAUCAGCUAUGGUGUGAAGGAUACGACCUUGGAAGAGGUUUUCUUGAAGGUCACAGAAGCUGGCUAUCAGGAAGAAGAAAGUCGUGAGGAUGAACCUGCUAAACCUCUGGAGACUUUAUCUUCCGACCCAUCUGGCCUGCCUGAAGAUCUCCCAAGGUCCAAUCUAGCCAGUCAAAACGCAGCAUCUUUGUCUGACCUGCUGGACGUGGCAGAUGACAGCCAAUCAGAAGCAGCAAUGGGUGCAACAGGCAUCACCAACCCUGCAGCAGAUGUCCUUGAACUUGGUGAUAUUGCUGCAGGAGGGGAAGAGGAGCCGGCACAGAGCAGACGGCCAGAACAUCCAUCUGUGAGGAACAUUGGGGUCUACAAUGCUCCAGAAGAUGAACCAAAGAUCUUGCUUGAAGGUCGUGGAAGUCAUAUCUUGAAUAAAAAGCUGCUGCUCUUCAACCACUUCCGUGCCGUCAUCGUCAAACGAUUCCACUACAUCACUCGCAACUGGAGGAGCUUGUUCUCGCAGAUCAUCCUCCCUGCCAUCUUUGUUGCCAUAGCAAUGACAGUAGCUCUAGCAGCGCCAUCUGUGGAUGACUUACCUCCCCUUGUACUCAGCCCAUCUCAGUAUUUCAAUGUCACUCAGCCCAAAGGCAACUUUAUUCCCUUCACAAAUGAACGUAUGAUACGAAGAUCAGAAAUACCUAGCCAGGACGCUGAUGCGGAGAAAUUAAUCCGGACACUCUUCCUCCCAUCUGGGGUGGGUGCCACAUGUGUGCUGCAGAAACCGUUUAAUAGCUCCUUUGAUGUGGACAUGUUGAAGAGGUUGAACUACACCCAGAAGACGUACGAGCUCCUGUCCCGGUACUAUGAGCCUGAGUGUAGGAGAGUGUUCGCUCCGGGGAUUCACCUGGACAGCUACAUCCCCCCAGAAGCUCCAGUGCAGCCUAAGGUUGACUUGGCCUCCGAGGAUGACAACAGCACUGUAGAUUUCCCUAUAGACCCCAGCUACUCAACAACCCACUUCUACCCCCACUGCGUGUGUCGGGGAGACAAGACUGGCUUCAAGUGCAACAAGAACCAUGCUGAGGCACCCAAGUUCCGGGUCGUCACCCAGGACAUUCUCCAGAACAUCACAGGACAGAGGACAGAGGACUUCAUACUGUAUACAACACAGGACUACAGACUUCACAGAUAUGGAGUUCUGUCUUUUGGUCUGGAGCAGCGCUAUGUACCAGAGAACUUUGGCAGAUCGGCACCCACGCUGUUCAGGAAGCUGGCAGUCCGCAGUGCCGCCAAGCUGUGGUUCAACAACAAGGGCUACCACUCCAUGGCCGUCUACCUAAACACCAUCAACAACGCAAUACUGAGAGCCAACCUGCCUAAAAGCAAGGGCAACCCUGCAGCUUUUGGCAUUACAGCCAUCAACCACCCCUGGAAUGACACCAAUAAUGAGAUGUCUACGGUCAACUAUAUGAUGGAGGGGUCCGACGUCCUGAUCGCCAUCUUCAUUAUUGUGGCCAUGUCCUUUGUGCCGGCUAGUUUUGUGGUGUUCCUGGUGUAUGAGAAGUCCACCAAGGCCAAACAUCUCCAGUUUGUCACCGGGAUCAACCCUGUCAUGUACUGGCUCGGGAACUAUGUCUGGGAUAUGGCCAACUACACAAUCCCUGCCUUCAUGUGUGUGAUGGUGCUGCUGAUAUUCCAAAUACCUGCGUAUGUGUCGACCAGCAACCUCCCUGCUGUCGUGGCUCUCUUCCUCAUGUAUGGAUGGUCGAUAACGCCUGUCAUGUACCCCGCGUCCUUCCUGUUCAACGAACCCAGUACUGCCUAUAUCUGCUUGAUAGUCAUCAACCUCUUCACUGGCAUCACAUGCAUUGUGUCCAGCUUCCUCCUUGAGCUCUUCUCCUACGACAAGGAUCUCAACAAGGUCCAUGACAUCCUGAAGAUUAUCUUCAUGAUGUUCCCCAACUACUGCCUGGGCCGGGGCCUCAUGGACUUGGCCUUCAAUGAGUACAAGAACGAGUUCUACUUUAAGACUGGUCAGUACGACAUGAUGAAGUCCCCCAUGGAGUGGAGCAUCAUUCCAGUACAUCUGGUUGCCAUGACAGUCAUUGGACUCAUAGCCUUCCUCAUUACAAUACUCUGUGAAUACAAGUUCUUCAUACCUGCCAGAUAUGUGAAAGUGCCCAACUCCACAAAUGUUGACGAAGACGUUGAUGUAGCUGCAGAGAGGAAGCGGGUGCUGAAGGGGACAGGCCGUUACGACAUGCUUCGACUGGAAAAUCUCACCAAGGUGUACAAGACUGCCAAACUAGGGCGCCACCUGGCUGUCGACAAGCUGUGUCUGGGAGUGCCACCUGGUGAGUGUUUCGGCCUGCUUGGAGUGAAUGGCGCUGGUAAGACAACAACCUUCAAGAUGCUGACUGGUGACCUUCGACCUACAUCUGGUUGUGCCUAUCUUAAUGGUCAUAGUGUGAUCAAGGAGCUGAACAAGGUGCAACAGAGUAUUGGCUACUGCCCCCAGUUUGACUCCCUCUACGAUGAGCUCACUGCCAGGGAACAUCUACAGUUCUACUGCAGACUCAGAGGAGUCUCGCCUAAAGAUGAGAAACAGGUUGUGAACUGGGCCCUGUCCAAGUUGGGGCUGAGCAAGUAUGCAGACAAGCUAUCCGGCACAUACAGUGGGGGCAACAAGCGGAAGCUGUCCACAGCAAUAGCUCUCAUUGGACAUCCUCAGGUUAUAUUCAUGGAUGAACCAACUACUGGUAUGGACCCUCACUCACGUCGCUUUUUGUGGGAUCUCAUUUUGAGCCUCAUCCAAGAUGGCCGCUCUGUUAUCUUAACCUCACACAGCAUGGAGGAGUGUGAGGUUCUCUGUACACGUCUUGCCAUCAUGGUCAACGGUCACUUCAAGUGUCUCGGAAGCAUUCAGCAUCUCAAAAACAAAUAUGGGGAUGGAUACACCUUCAGCUUCCGAUUGAAAGGACCAAAUUACGAACAGGCCAGUCGAGGGGUUGUACGAUUUGUGGAGAGAAAUAUACCAGCAGCAACGCUCAAGGAGCAGCACUUCAACCUGCUCCAGUAUGAGCUGCAGUCAGAGAGUGUGUCCCUGGCCCACCUCUUCUCCACCCUGGAGCUGGCCCAGCAAGACCUGCAUAUAGAGGACUACUCCGUCAGCCAGAACACCCUGGAUAAUGUGUUCAUCAACUUCGUGAAACAGCAGAUGGAGAUUGUGCAAGAAGACGACACAAAAACUCGCCAGAGGUCAAGAACGAGAGCAAGGUCACAGGCUGCAGCAGAAGAUGAUGUGGAGCCUCUCCUGUUGUCUGAAGACGAUGGUGGACUGUUGCAUGAUGAUGACGAUGAUCUCAUUUUACGUCUGGAUCAGUCCAAUGGGAUGGUGUAGUUCUUGCUUUCUGCAUUUCUGAACAUAUUUAUUUACUCGUCUGACUAUACUUACCCUCUAAUCUUCUGCAACUGCUGAUCUCAAACAUAAGCAUUUUGUGAUCUUGUCUCUCAUGAAAGGCUUCCUGCUGAAGGUUCUAUUAUAAAGAGGUCAUGACGGACUCCAUAUUUCCACUGAAGGUUCUGCUAUAAGAGGUCAUGACGGACUCCAUAUUUCCACUGAAGGUUCUGCUAUAAGAGGUCAUGACGGACUCCAUAUUUCCACUGAAGGUUCUGCUAUAAAAGGUCAUGAUGGACUCCAUAUUUCCGCUGAAGGUUCUGCUAUAAAAGGUCAUGAUGGACUCCAUAUUUCCAGUGAAGGUUCUGCUAUAAAAGGUCAUGACGGACUCCAUAUUUCCACUGAAGGUCCUGCUAUAAAAGGUCAUGGCAGACUCCAUGUUUCAGCUGAAGGUUCUGCUAUAAGAGGUCAUGGCAGACUCCAUGUUUCAGCUGAAGGUUCUGCUAUAAGAGGUCAUGGCAGACUCCAUGUUUCAGCUGAAGGUUCUGCUAUAAGAGGUCAUGGCAGACUCCAUGUUUCAGCUGAAGGUUCUGCUAUUAGAGGUCAUGACAGACUCCAUGUUUCAGCUGAAGGUUCUACCAUUAGCCAUUUCAUGUCAUUCUAGAGGAUGGAAGAGUAGGAAUCCCAGUGCAAAACAAAAGAAGAUGCAUUCAUUGUAUAAAAUAUCUGAAGACUGAAGCUGUGCUAUGUUUCCAGUUGCAUUUGUGCCAGAUGUUUUCACUGCUAAAGUAUAUAUAUUUUCAUGCAAUAACAGAGGAUUAGAAGUGAAAACUUGUCAUCUUCAGACGUUUAUUUUAAGCUGAAAAUUGUGUCUUCCCCUUAAACAGUGUCAUGUUAUUAGAUGUAGGACUUGUGCUUAAUGGUAAAGAUAUUUAUCAUGCAAACUGGCCUCCACAGGAGAUACUGCUUAGCUGAGAUCAAGCCAUCUCUACUUGGAGAUAUUGCUGCAAUAAAAUUGCAUCACAUAGCUUAGCAAACCGUUGCAACGUCACCAGUUACCAUGGCAUGAUGUCACAGUCAAUGCCAUCACUUACCUCUCUGCUUCUGAAGCUGGAUAAGAUUGCUUAUUACAGUUAAAAUGAAAGAAGAAUGAUAUUGGAUCACCCUUGUGUCUUUUGAUAUAAAAUAUCAGACUCUGGCGCAGUGGUGACUCCGCAUAACACCACUGCCACAGGCUAAUUUGCAUAUCACGUGACCAGACUUUUCUCUUUUCUCUUUACCAAUGUAAUUACGCAAAAGGAUAAUUACGCAAAACAAGUAGAUUUACACGUAUUAACAUAACAUACUUUCUUAAUGAAUCGUAACCAUUCUUUGACAUUUGUUUAUGAAAAUGUGUAGACUUGUCAAACAUGAAACGGAUGAAAAGCAGAUGCAAUAUCUUGAAUGGACUGUGAAAGAUGUGACGAAUUGUCACAUGGCGCUGGCCUGUGGCAGAGGUACUACGCUGGCUGGCUGCCGGCCGCAUGGAACUCAGGGUAGGAGAGUGGUAAAAUAUUUGAUGUUCGUUGAAUAAGUUUAAGACACCUCGGCAAGCCUCAGAGUCAAACUUGUGUAGAUAUACUUGAUAUCAAAAGACCGUGGUGAAAUUCUCUCUGUCUUAUCUUCAACUGUGUAUCUUGUAGAGAAGAUUACUUCACCGUGUAGACUGAGAAUGUAUCUCACCUUGGAACAUGAAUUUAUCUCCAAGAGGAAUAAAAUAUCUGACUAAUUACUGUGUGGGUUUGCCAUGUGGACAGCUUGUUGCUGAACCAUCAUAUUUCAACAGGACGAGGAGUGUGAAAUAUCUCCUAGUAAUUGGAGUACCUCACAACGAAUGUGAGAAUGUUUCUCUUUGCAAGUGGAAGGAAAGAUAUCCCAUUGUGGAAGAAAACGAGGAAUGUGAGAAUGAUUCUCACCAAGGAAUGAGAGAAUGUUUCUCUCUGAAGAAGGUGGGAAUAUUACCAAGGAAUUCUAUGAAAAGAUGAUACAAUUUUCAAUAUGGAAGAUUUGUCACAGGAUUUUGUUUAAAAGUACGAUAUAUCUCACCAUAUGUAUCUCAGUGAAAGAUCAUGUCCAUCUGUGACUCAUAACAGACAGUGGAAUAACAAUGUUUAGUCCAUGCCAUUAUAUACAAUUCCACUUUCCAUAAUACACAAACUGUCAUAUUACAAGGCCAAAUUUGAUUGUAUGUGUGCUGCACUGCAAAGUGGAAUUUCUUUUCAGAUAUGGGUACCAGGAAACUGAUUUUCCAAUAUUUACCCCAGUACCUUUGCUUUUUGUGUUUAAAUUGUGCUACCCAGGUGUCAGAUCUUCAUCCGGUUUAUUUCAUUGAUUUAAAAUUCCAAUACAAGUUAUUGUAGGAAUUGUGGGUGUGUAGGUUUGCCAUAUUGGAGAGAAUAUGGUUCAUUGUUUAUGCAUUUGCCAAUUUUAGAAAUGAAAACUGAUUGUUUUGACAUCAUCCAGAUGUGAGGGUCUUGAUUGGGGUGUCACAAGUUUGUUGUCAGUAAAAUUUUUGGCAGUCAUUAAAAGAACUUGAAUAGUGGAUAAGACAUGGAGUUGAAUCUAAAAUGCAAAAUCAUUUCUAUGCGAAUAUGGAUCAUCAGUGUGUCUAGGGAAACAUAGGGAGAGGGGGGUUUGCUUUCGUUUCAUUACUGCAAUUAUCAAACACUGACUGCUUUUGCUGUAUCGUUUGAUCUAGUUAUACGCAACUUUUAUGAGAUGUUGGCAUGAUUAUCACAGUAAAGUUUACAAACAAGAGCUAGUCUGUUUUUAAUUUAGAUUUUAGUUAAUCUUUUACAAUAAUAUUUGACUCAUUUAAUGUUUAUGACAAAUGUUUUUAGUUAUUUUACGCUAAACAGUAUACCCCAUCAGGACCCUCUGUUGUGCCAUCCAUUACAGACAUGUGUAAGAGAUGCUUCAUGGGAAAUUUCAAGUUAAAUUUUUUUGUUAUUGAUUUUCUACCCUGCGACAUUAUUUUUUAUGACUGACACAUUUGUUGUUUGAUCCAGACACAUUUACAGUAAUGGAAGACCAAGGUCAUAUGAGAUGACCUUGAUAAAGUGGGAGGCAAUUUCACAUUACCGCUGUCAAUUUUCACCUUUUCAUGACAAAUAUCAAUGCAAGAUGUUUAAAAUUUGAUGUAUAUAUUUCAGUCAUUGUAUGAAAAGUAAUUACAACUUUAAUCAUAAAAUGCUCAAAUUGUGAUAUGUGAUUAUUCGUAUGUUGGCAAUUGCCCAUUUAUUACGAUACUUGAAUUUUGCAUUGUUUGUAUUUCAUGCAUAUCAUUGUGGCUAUGUAAGAUUGAUCUCCAGUGUUUCCGUGUGGUGUAAUCAUCUUACUCUGUGUAAGCUCAGCUUGUGACAAAACUACGGGAAACAGGAAUCUUAAUUUCGAGACACCCUUCCAGUUCAGCUUUGUAGCUGAAGUCAUAUCAUUAAUAGAAAUGUAUCAGGUGGGUUGUCUAUAAUGACAUAUGUAUUGAAUAAAUGUAUGGGAACAUGUGGAAUAAAUGUUUAGCUUUUGAACUAAAAGAAAUUUUCCCCAGAUUUCUAAGAGCUGUUCUUAAUGUUGUUUUAGAUUGGGCCAUUAUUUUUUAUUUGUUGGAUCACAGAUUUUUGUUUGUUAUACAUGUAGUCGGAAGUCGGAGGAGGGAAUAGUAUAUUUUUUUUAAAAAGCUGACAUUAGCUUCUAUUUGUUACACUGUCUCAUGAAAUGUUUUUACAAAUAUUACUUGUUUCAGGGGAGGGGGAAAAAUAAGUAAAUAAUAAGUAAAUUAUAUCAUUAGCUCCAUUGUCUGCUUGAAGCAUUCUUUUGUCAGUUAUUCUUUGAAGACAAAGGGAGUUAGUGUAAGCAAAGUCCAUGUGUCAAGGACAAGGGACAUAACUCUUGAUUUAUCAUGCAAGGAAUUUCAUGUUCAUAGAUGAUUACUAUUAAAACAUUGAGUAAUCUCAAAAUAGUUUUGCGUGUAUGAGUUGCUCGCAGGGGGAAAAUAAGCAUAAAUUAGGCUUGUUAUGUUUAUCUAGUUUUGAAGAAAAUAGGGUUGGUUGGUUGGUUCCAUGAUCCAACAAAUAAAAAUAUAAUGGCCUUGACAUGAAUAAGUAAAAUCUCUCAUCCUGCUCCAAAUUCCCAUCCCCCCCACUGCCAUUGGAUAUGUUCACACCAAUCAAGGGUUUUCACGGUGAUAUGAAACUAAAUGAAUGUAAAAUGGAUUAUACCAUAGUUCUUACGAUUAGAAACUUGAAAUCAGUGGAACUUAAUGGCAGUUCUGGUAUUGAAGGCCAAUCCAACAAUGUGUAUGUUAUGUCAAGAUGUAAUAGGCCAAAUAAAGAUUUUAAAUACUGUUGCCAAGUAAAUUAUGCUAAAGACAAAAUAUCUAUGAAAUGUUAUUUAGAAAAAGCAUACCUUUUUUCAAACAGCAUUAAGGAAAAUAAAUUUCUUUGUUAUUGGAAAAAUUGGUGCAUGGUUAUCCACGAAUCCAGUAAGAAUUGCUCUGCAGAUAAUAACUCCUCCUUUUCAUGCCAUGUAGGGUUUGUUGGUUGUGAGAAAUGUUACGCAUGAAACUCAUUCAAGCAGAAAAUCAUGGCAGUGGUGUUAUGGGGGAAUGGCAUGGUUGUCCGCGGUGCUAAAACUGGGUGUGGUGAGAACAUGUUGAACCAUGUGGCAGUUGCAGUUUUUUCUUAAUUCUGGUUGGGUUAUUAAAAAAGGUGGUAUAAUAUUUCUCCUGUAAGUGGUAGAUGAAUGUUUUACCCCAGAUUAAAAUAAUGAGAAAGGUUCAGUUUUCUGUAUUAUCAAUAAGGGAUACAUAGAAACUUUGAUUUAAAUUCAUCUAGUUGCAGCUGAUUUCAGAUUAGUGGUAUUUUAUGCUACUAGAAUGGGGAGGAAACAAGUUGUCAUACCACAUUUUACUAGUGUCAGGACUAGUGUAAUACCCUCUCCACAGGUAACUGGUUAAUUGUGGAAUGAGGAAGAAAGGUUUAAGGUUAAAUCCUACAAGUCAUAAUUGGGAUGGAAAAACCAUCAGUUCUUCGUCUGAUAGUAACUUAGAAUCUCCCCAUGUAGAUAGGGGUAUGUAUUAUUAAUAUUAUUAUUAUUAUUAUGUGUCAUGACACCAGGGAUAAGAAUUUCUUUACUAAAAGUUAUCCAGGGAUCUUGGGGACUAUAUAAUUGAUGCAUAUAUUCUAAUGGCAUAUUCCACGAAAGUGACCCUUGGCGUACUAAAUCUGGGGAAUUUCUUGGAAAUUUCUAUUUAAUUUAAUCGAUACAUAGGUAGGUGUAUUGUGUAUCAUAGUUUCAUGUGUACAUUUGCGAUACAUCAUGACUCGUGACACUCCUAUUAAUUAUUGAUGGUAAUUUCAUCCAUAAUUGUGAUGCCGAAGGAUCAUUAAAUCCCCUUUUAUAUAUAGUGUGCCAAUGCUGAAAAAUUUUAAAGUGCUUUACCAUAAUUUAUUCCUUAGUUUUCAUAUUUUUAUGAAUUAUUGUCCAGUUUUUUUAAUGUUCAUUGAUCACAAUGUUAUCUUAUAUCAAACAAUAUUAUGAUCUAAUAUAAAAUGUUUGCUCAUAACUGUGUUUGUUAGUGUUGUUUUAUGUGUUAGAGUAGAAGGGUGAUAUUUAUAGUAUGUGUGUUGAGUUCUAUUUGGUGAGUGGGUCUUUGUUUUAUCAAGGUUGCUUCUGUUUCUUACCACGUAGUCUGUUGUGUGUUCCAUACCAUCAGAGGCAGAAUGUGAAUUAGCUGCAUGGUUAUUGUUAUCAAUUUAUUUCUUGUGAUAUGUGACACAAGACUGUUUUCUCAGUCAUGAAACUUUCAAAUUUGGCUUUUCUAGAGGGUCCUGAUUUGGGAAAGGGCUGUCACAAAUCAGUAUGAUUAGGGGCUUUAUUGUCAUGUCCUUACUUGAUUAGAGGAUCCUGAUUGGGGAUUGGGCUGUCACAAGUCAGUAUGAUUAGGGGCUUUAUUGUCAUGUCCUUACUUGAUUAAAGGGUCCUGAUUGGGGAUAGGGGUGUCACAAGUCAGUAUGAUUAGGGGCUUUAUUGUCAUGUCCUUACUUGAUUAGAGGGUCCUGAUUGGGGAUAGGGGUGUCACAAGUCUGUGUGAUUAGGGGAUUUCAGUCUGUCACCAUUAUGUUUUUGGCUUAGUGGGACAAAAGGAGGGAAUAACUGACAAGCUGUCAAGAGGUCAAAAAAAUGCUGAAAAAGUAAUUUGUCCCCAGGUUAUACUAAGAUUAAAAUUAAUUCACUGGACAUGUUGGAUGUUCUGAAAAAUAAUGUGUAUUGGUGGGUAAAUCAACUAUUGUUUGCCUCCUCUUAAAAAUCCCAGCCCUCCCCAUGCUCCAAGUAAUAAUAAAUGGUCAGUCACUUCCACAGGGUAUUUCUUCAGGUGCGUACCUGAUAGUUAACCUGGUGUCCUACACAAUCAUAAAUAUAUUAUCUCACCUCAAUGUCAGAAUGUGGAGAUCUGAUUUGUUAACGUGAUCUUGAUAAAAUACUAUGAAUCCCUCCGGGGAGGAAAAUAAAUUUCUAAGUUUGAGAAGAAGUCUCUUAUACCCCGCCAUGAAGAAGACAGGCUGCACAUGGAUUUCUGAGCAGGAGAAUAAAUCCUUUAUACACAACUCUGAAGCAAAAAGAUGCAUGUUGUUUAUGAUUCAAUGAUAGUCAUGUGACAAAGCACAAGUUAACCUCAGCUCAGUCGAACAGCUGUUUUUAUGAAUUCUCAAUUACAGUGGCAGAUUGAAACAUGUUGGUAAGAUAAAUUCCUUGUCGCAGCAUUACUCUGGGUAUUGAUCACCCCUGCACCCCUCUGUAUCCACGUAUGUAGGUGUUGGCAUCAGGACGGGAUAUAUUUCAGGUCACGAUUUGUGAUUAUCCUUGAAACCUUCUUCCCCAAUGUUUUUAUGUUUCUUGAGGACAAUGGUUAGGACUGUUCUAGUGAUAGAAUGUGAAGUGUAUGGAUGGUUUGUUUGAGCAAUAAAAUGCAAUAUGAAGAUGUGUUCUGAUUGCGCGUGAACUGCGUUUCAGUGAAAAUGUGUCUUAGUUAUAUUUAGUAGGAGAAUUUAAACAGUGUAGAUCAGCUGUGAUACAAU